GGCUCGGCCGCCCGCCCCGCCGGGACCUUCCGCAGGAGCCGGAGCCGCGGGAGCCGCGGGAGCCCCCGGAGCCCCCGGAGCCCCCGGUGCGGUCCCCGCCCCGCCGCCCCCGGCAGCGGCUCGGCCGCGCUCGCUGCCCAUGUGCCAGCCCUGCCCGCCGGCCGCGCUCGCUGCGGGGACGCCGCGCUUGGGAAGAUUCCCGGAGCGCGGGGGAGCAGCGCAGCUCGGCCCUUUACAUGCGGACACUUCACUUUCAGCCAUGCCUGUCCCGGGAGCUCUCUGCCUGUUGUAAUUUUCUCCCUUUGAUCUCCCUGGAUCCUCUUUCGGGCUGUGGAGCUCCGCUUGCACCUACCUGCCUGCUGCGUGUGUGCGGGAGAGAGAGUUUGCUUCUUUUUUAAUACUUUUUUUCGGUUACAAAUUCCAAUUUUUAUUAAUUUUUUUUUUUUUUAAGACCGAACCCAAACAUCCUCAGAGCCACAUGGUUUUGUUAAGCUACUGGAAGUAACUUUUGCCUGGGAUUUACAGCAGCGUUCCCUCCCGGCCCGGCCCCUGCGGACUCCAGCAGGCUCGCUGCCUAACAGUUAUGAAGACUCCUCGAUGCGUUUCAUGUGACCUUUGGGCAGACCGUGAGCUUUCUAUUUUAUUUUGUGGGGCCUUGAGUCGGGAUCCUCGUAAGGCGUGCUUGGAAGCGGUCAUACCGGAACUCGGGCGCGCACAGAAAUAGUGCCAGAGAAACCAGAUACGCCGUAACUUUCUGCCUGAUACCUGUUGGGCUUCGUGUCUAAACUUCGGCAGCGUUUGGGGGCCUUUUUAUUUCUUGGGAACUUCCAGCCGUGAAGUGGAGCUCUGUGUUUUAUUAAUUACCUUGGAGAACUCUACCCGGAGUCAGACCGUGAGCAUGGGCUUCUAAGGGAAAAGUAAAGCUCGUCUCCAAACUUGAAUGAAGCGCUUCUGGCAUGUGGGAGAUGGAAGGGAUCAACUCCAUUUGGAAGGGAACGGUACCGGAGCGAGCCUUCUUGUCACCAUAAAUUCAAGGAAUGCCGCCUGCCUAAUUUCUGGGAAGGAUACCAAUCGCUGCGCAUAAUUCAGGGUUGUGCUUAUGCUGUGGGAAUGCUGGCGAGAAGGUGAGGUAUCUCUCGAGGGUAUUUGGGAUGGAUAUUUUGGACCUGUGGAUCUUCCUAACUCUUGGCCAGGAGACAGGAGGCCUCCACAUCCGCGGGGAGACCUCCGUGUGCCUCAUCUCCGUGGGACCGAGGAGUUCCUAAUGCUCCCUGUGCACCCAAACUGACUCCUCGCUUACAACCUGUUUCCUUGAUCCUUCUGGAUUUAUCUGCCGGAGAAGAGACUCACAAUAUAGGAUACUGGGCUGGUUUUUUUUUUAGUUUGUUUGUUUAAAAUAUGCCUGUGAGCUCCGGGCGGCCUGUGAGCACGUGGCACGGGGCGAGCGGAUGGCGAGAGCCGGGGAGCGGCGGUGAGCGAGCCCCGCGGUGAGCGAGCCCCGCUGUGAGCGGAGCGCCGGGAGCGCCGGGCCCGCCGCGCUGAGCUUCCCGAGCGGUAUGAGCGGCCCGAGCCCGCUGCUGGUAGCAUGAGUGCUGGCCCCCAGGUGCAGCUGGCUGUCCUCUGGCCUUGGCUGCUCAUGGCGACCCUGCAGGCAGGACUGGGCCACACCGGGCUGGCGCUGGCGGCGGCCGUGGAGUCGGAGCGGGCGGCGGCGCAGAAAGCCAUCAUCAGGGUCAUCCCGCUCAAGGUGGAGCCCAUCAUCCUGGAAGGGGAGUUCGCCAACGUCGCCGAGGUGACUCCGGCCGAAGGGAAACUGCUGCAGUCCCACCCACUAUCCCUGUGCAACACCAGCGAGGAUGAACACACAGAAUCAGGAUUCAUCACCAUCGUCAAGCUGGAACAGCCAGAUCGGGAUCCCAACCCCUGCCUGUCCCUGGCCAACAAGGCAAAGCUGGCAGGGGAGCGUGGAGCCCGUGCGAUCCUUUUCGACAUCACCGAUGAUGAAAGUGCUGCUGAUCAGCUGAGGAAGCCCAGAGGCCUGAGCCAGCCCGUGGUCCUGAUCAGGGGCCACGAUGCUGAGCUCCUCAUGGGCGUCGUGAACAAGAACAGAGAGGCCCACGUGAAGAUAGAGGUCAAGGAGCCACCAGCUUGGCCAGACUACGACGUGUGGAUUCUUCUCACAGUGGUCAGCACUGUGGUCGUCAUCAUUUUGAUUUUUGUUGUCCGCACAAAGUGCCAACUGAACAGGACUCAGGACUCGGUGCAGCAGCAGACCCUGCAGGCCAUCGGGCAAUUGGCCACGCGCCGCUACCAGCCCCGGGCGCGGCCGGCCCCGCGCUGGGACUCGGCCAGCAGCUGCAGCUCUGCCCCGGUCUGUGCCAUCUGCCUCGAGGAGUUCAGCGAGGGACAGGAACUGCGGAUCAUCUCGUGCUCUCACGAGUUCCAUCGGGAAUGUGUUGACCCUUGGCUGCAGCAACAUCACACGUGUCCACUUUGCAUGUUCAAUAUUCUUGCCAGAGACUCGGGGGACCAGGCCAUGGCUGCCAGCUCCAGGCUGGUCCCUCAGGACAUGGAGCCUGGGCGGCGACUCCACCUUUUCCGCCAGCAUCCAGGACAUGCCCUUUACCACCUCCCACACGCGUAUCCUCAGAGGAACCUCAGGAGCUUGCCCCCAGAGCCAGCCCACAGCAACCCCUUCUUCCACUCUCCAGAGCUCUCCCAGCUGGAUUUUGGCACCAUCCACUACAUGCCCUACAGACCGGCCACCUCCCUGCUGGCCUGUGGCCACGUGGCCUCGCUGGCCCCAGGCUCGCUGGGGCAGCAGCUCCCCAACCCCUGUGCAUGUGGGCAGGUGUUGGCACCCCACAGGACGUGUCCCGUGCAGCCUCAGCCCCCCUGUGUGGCGCCCAAGGCAGCCCUGGCACAGAAGCAGCACCGUGUGCCCGCCCUGCGCCGGGGGCUUGGCCACGGGCAGCAGCACAACAGCAGCGGCUCUGGGGAGAGCUAUCUCACGGAGCACAGCGGCUACCUGGCCGACGGGCCGGGCAGCGACUCCAGCUCAGGGCCCUGCCACGGCUCCUCCAGUGACUCCAUGUUGAACUGCACAGACGUCAGCCUGCAGGGUAUCCACGGCAGCUGCUCCACCUUCCGCAGCUCCCUCAGCAGCGACUACGAUCCCUUCGUGUACUGCAGCUCGGAGGGCCCCGCCACGGACCACGGCCAGGAGCAGCUGCGGCCACCCAGGGAGAGCCGGCCCCGCUCCUUGGACCUCAUGGUGCCCAGGGGAGCUGCUCCAGCCAAGCCCCAGGUGCUCAGCCACAUCCACUACCACCACCACCAGCACCACCACUACAGGCGGGACGCCGAGUGUCCCCCUGGGCGAGCCGGCCAGGGGCCGGGGCCACGCAGAUCCCGCUACUCCGGGGCCAAGGUUGCUUUGCACAGUGGUCGUACACAAAAGAGGACUGAGAAGAGCCAUCACUCUCAGCAGCCUCUGGAAAGCGGUGCCGUGCUGCAGGAGGCAGCUCCAGCAGGACAGCCAGCCUGUCCCCAGGAGGGCUGGGAACUCCCUCACGCUCCCUCCACUUCUCCAAACAGGUUGGACGUCAGUGUAGAUGCCAACAGACAAUUGGGAGCAGCUGGCACACCCCCUGUCCCGCUGGCCCCCAGACACAGCUUACAGAGCAGGCAUCACCGAAGGAAAAGAAAGUGUCCCCUGGUUCCCGACCCAGCUCUCCUGCCCAAGGACUCAGGCAAGCCCAGAGCCUGCGACACUCACCUUCCUCCCGGCCAUCCCUUCCGCUGCUGUCCCGAAGCCCAGCCCCUGAUCCCAAGCGCUCCCAUGCCCGGCGGCUCCCGGCCGCUCUGGAAGUGUUUAGUGCCACAGCCCAGCUCCGAGCUGAGGAAGCAGGAGGAGGGGUUGUCAGGACAGGAGAAAAACCGCUUGGUUCCUGCAGAUUUCUCAGGGAUGGGCACCUCCAGACACGGUCUGAGUGUCCACCUUCACUGCCCAUCUCAGAAGGGUGGUCAGGGAUCUGAAGAGGAGGUUCAGGAUGUCCAUGAACACUCAGUUUAAUAAAACACUGGCCUGUUUGCUCGCUGGGAGCUGGAGUGGACACAGAUGUUGAUGGAGCUGCUCACAUCUGGCUCUGCCUAGCCUGCCCUGCUGAGACACGGACUGCCAAGAGCAACGGGCUGCUCGUGGUCUCCUGACACGUCCCCACGCCCUGACGGUCACAAUUAGAGCCCUGCUCUCCAGGCCCCAUCUCCUCUGAAGGCACAGGCAGCCCCUCAUCAUCCCAUGGCAUCGCUCCAAGCCGGGCAGGGCUCCCAGGGAGAGCUCACCGAGUGAGUGCAAGCUGCUAUUUUGGUGUGUUUAUGCCACAGAAGGUUUUGCUAAACACUGCAAAAAUAAACAAGCCUUCGAGACCAAAAGCUGCAGAAAUUACUUUCUGUGGCCUGGUAGCUCCUGACUUCAUUUCCUCACUUAGGUCAAAAGCCAGAUUUCUUCAAUUAACUUUUCCAUGCUUAUUUCAGACACAGGAACAAGCUAUUCUCCAUCUCACCGUUCACAGGGCUGCCCUGCAAGGUGCUGCUUCUGACUUCAGUGAAAAACCAAGAGCUCUCACCACUUUUGGUCACCCCAAUGUCCCUCAGCUGACGCCAUCUCAGCCACUGGCUGUGUUUGCCAGCAACGGGAGAGGGGAAGACGCAGGGACGUCAGCAUUUCUGGGAAUGAGCUGGGUCAGACUCUUUCCAUUGCAAAGAAUCCACCCUCUCAUCUGGCAAUGUGAACAAGUUUCUCACUCACCCUCUAACUCCUCCACCUACCCUCAAAUAGCUCUCAUGGCCAGCCCUGUUAAGAGCAUAUUUCAAACACAUCUCAGAUGUCCCUGUAACAGGAGUAAUGGAAAAUCCUGGAGUUCACAUGGCUCCUGCUUCUCUUUCCUCUCAUUGCCCCAAGACGCAGCAAAAUUUCCCAGCAAAAGCCUCCAUAACAAAUGCAGAACAGAGCCUUAUCCAUCACCCAGGCUUACCUUCAUAUUCUGAGAUUCCUGAAAUCCUUCAAAAGGAUUUUUCUAUCUUUUCCAACAUUCUGAUGAUUCAGGGAGAAAACUUGAGAAAUCAUCAGGCUCUGGUUUAUUACUUUCCUCCUCCCCCCACCAUUUAUGAGUAUUUUGGGUUUUUCUGAAUGUCACUAGUUCUUAUUUCCUGCAUCUCAUAAUUUGCAGACAUUCAAGCAAAAUAAAAGCUGCCAAAUUCAAAACAAAUAGAACCUAUGCAGCUUUCAAACAGCAGAAAAUUCCUGUCAAUUCCAUUGCCCUAAAUGAUCAGUCAGGCCAGAGAAUCAGGCAGAUUCCCCUGUGCGCAUUUCUGUGGCACCAACUGCUUCCAAGCACAAGGAAGCUUUGGUAAGGUUACAGCACUGGAGCUGAAGCUAACUCCAACAAUGUGAAACUUGAUGUAGGGACAGACUUUCCCAUCUGCUCAGUAAAGUUUCCCGUGUCUUCCUUUGAAGCAGCUGCUUCUCAAGAGACCACUCUGGUGAUGCAGUCCCAGUUCAGCAUAGUCCUCUGUCUUCCUUUGUUGGUGGGAAAGCUUUUUACAGGGUUUGCUGCCCUUAAUCCUCAAAAAAGGCAUCUUUGCUAAUGCUGCUAAUCAGUCCCUGAUAGUCAAGUGAUCAAUCAAUAGCACUGUUUUAAAGCCAGCAUUGGUCCCUUGUGCUCAUUCCUUGUCUCCUGUGACCAGGCCCCUGUGGGACCUUUCCGUCUAGGGAAGAGCUGAAUUUAUCAAAGAACCCAGCAGAAUUAGAUUUAGACCUUUCCAGGCUCUUGCUUGUCCUACAGUGCAAGCAGAAGACACAAGCUCAGAAGUUUUCUCCUGUGCAGGGAAGUCAGUCUUAAACUAGAGGGGAAAGCCAGGAGCAGGUCUGGCUUCACCCCGUUCAGCUUUUCGUGCUCCUGGUCCGUGGCUUGUCUGAACCAGCUCCCUGGGUCCUUGACCAUCCUGGAGGGCUCAGAGGCUUAACAGAGGGGAUGGUCAUGAAGUCAGGGUGCUCCUACUGCUUUUUUUAGGAUUCAGGAAGGCAGAGAGCCUCUAGGGAUGCAUUUCACUGCUCAAAUGAACAAGUGCAACUCUGAAGUCUUUUCUUUCCCUCCUUAUCCCUAACAAAAGAGGAGAUUUCUGAACUGUGAGCCACAAGCUUCUUUGGGAAAGUGGUCAGCAAAAAAAACUUGCACCCUCUCCACUCCCAUCUGCAGUAUUACCAGGCUGCCAGGGCAGCACCUGCUUCCAAGUGUGUCCCUUUCCUGACCUCAGGCUGCUGCUCCUGUUCACGUAGAAGAUGCUGGAGUGCAGCUCUGCCUCGGUGGAGGCUCAGGGGAGGAGAGGGAGGAACUCUCUGGGAACUUGGGUUUGAAAGGAUCCUCUUCAGUAGAUGGAUGGCUAUCCUUGGCUGCCUGGAAAGGAAUCAGUAUCAGAAAAUAGGGAAUGGUUCCUCACAGUUCUUUAUCUCUGCCUUCUGAGUGAUGCUUUUUGAGUGUUCAGUGCCUGUGGGCUCCACCAUGGAAUUUCUCCAGCAUCCCUGCAGUGAGACAGAGCUCAUUUUCCUUCUUUGCAUCCAAAGUCACAGCUGAAAACUGAUGCAAGCCAGAGCUUCCCAAGCUCCCUCUAUCCAAACUGAAGGUCCAGCCCUUCCCAGGAGCUCCCACCGCCUGAACUGGGCACAUGGUCAGGCUGGCUGAUUCCUCCCUUCCUGCACAAAUCCCUCAGAUCCUUUGGAAAUGUGAAUAUCACUUCAUUUUGUUGUUGCUUUUUGUUUCGUUUGGUUUUCUUGCUGAGUCUGGCCUGGCUCUCAGGGCUUGGGAAGAAAUUAAGACCCGGGGGGAAAAAAAAAAAGACCACACACAGGAAAAAAAAAAAAAAAAAAAAAGAAUACGUUUUAUAUAUAUGCAGAACUGUGUAUUUAUGUCAGAUAAACACAAAGAUGUGUGAAUAUGCUGAUGUGCUCAGAAAUAUAUUUAUUUACUAAUAUAUUUAUCCAUGUACCGGUCUGUUGCCUGUGUUUGUUCACACUGCGCUGGCGGAGCCCGCGGAGAGGGACCCGAGAGCGAGCCCGGCCGGGACAGCGCCCCGGAGACCCCGAGACCCCGAACGC